CUCUGUCUGCAUACCAGAGUACAGGAAACCCCUGGUGGCAAUGGUACAGGUACUCUGACGCUUUGCCUGGCGACUCACACCUUAUCGUUCUCACUCAAUGUCUCACUGCAGUCCUUCUUCGGAGCCUUAGAACCACGGACCAUCACCUUAUUACCUCAUUUCUCUUCUGCGACACACCGACAAACAACCACCGUCACGUCUCUCCGACCCAACAUGAGGAAGGGGCUCCAGGGAAGCCAGGCUGCUCACACAGGGCAGUGGGAAGAAGAGGAGAGGAAAGAGGAGAGGCAUCACGAGCAGCAGCAGCUGGGGAGGGCAGAGAAAAAGUUAGUAGCGUUCUGGUUGUCCUUGUCCCAGAGGACGUGGGCAUUUUUCAGGCCCCGCAGUGGCGAACGCACUGGCUGCUUCCAGCGGAGCCCCUCCGCAGCUCGCCUGCUGAAGAGCGAGGCGUGAGGAGUGCGAGAGGACAAAGGCAGUCCGUGCCAUUCUUCAGCUUCAUCCACCACAAGCAAAACCAUUUUUUGUUUGUUAUAUUAGUAACGUUGGCUAAAUACAGAAGCACAAGAGAGAGCGACAGGUGAAGGACAAGAGGAGGGAGGGAGGUUCGUCAAAUGCCCUCUUCUUCUUUUCUGGGCACCCUCUGGAUUCUUUACCUUGGGGAAAAGCAUUAGGCAGCAGCUGAACUGUUACUUUUUGAACAUUACGACAACAGACUGUCAUUACAUUUACUUCACGUUCAGAACAUUAAGGCAACAAACUGUGACUCAAAAGGCGUUGUGCUGCUGUCGAUUUGGAAGAACUUCCUGCCCUCCUCUUGUUGUCGUCAAAGCCAGGCCUCCCUCCUCUGAAGAAACUUCCACUUGUGAAACUAAACUAUAAAGUUUACCAUAGAGGAGAUAUUAGUGGUGGAGAUUGCUGGAGGUUAGUGUGACAAGGGGCAGGUGUCGCUCCCUAAACCCCUACUCGUCUUCACAGGAAGAGAUGGGGUAACUGGGACCUGCUGAGACCAUGGUGGUCACCCAUCUGGAGCUGGAACUGUGCUACCAAGGGAAGAAGCUGAGAGGCUUCACCUGUAAGUUGACCCGCUCCCCCUAUGGCUACCUGCCUGAGAGUGCCUGGCUCAUCGCAGCCCAGAUCCUACUGCCCUUCCUGGUGGCCGGCCUGGGCAUGGUGGCAGCGGGCAUAGUCAUGGACGUGGUGCAACACUGGGAGGUGUUUAAGGAGAUCACAGAGGUGUUUAUCUUGGUGCCAGCCCUGGUGGGACUGAAAGGCAACCUAGAGAUGACACUGGCAUCCAGACUGUCUACAGCAGCGAACACUGGGCAGAUGGAUGACCCGAAGCAGCAGUGGAGGAUGGUGUGUAGCAACUUGGCUCUUAUUCAGGUCCAGGCAACAGUGGUGGGUUUCCUGGCUGCGGUAGCCGCAGUGGGGUUGGGUGCGUUGACCAGGGGUCAUGUAGACUUUCUACAGGCUGCUGUCCUAUGUGGCAGUAGUGUCACGACAGCCUUUGUAGCUGCCCUGUCCUUGGGACUAGUGAUGGUGGGAGUGAUCAUCGGCUCCAGGAAGGUGGGCAUCAACCCUGACAAUGUGGCAACACCCAUCGCUGCCAGCCUGGGUGACCUCAUCACCCUCUCUCUGCUGGCCGGGGUCAGCAGCUUCCUCUUCAGGUUCAAAGAGAUGUGGUACCUGCCUGUGCUGGUGUGUGGCUUCUUCCUGGUUCUCAUCCCGCUGUGGGUGGUCAUUGCCCGGCGCUCUCCUCCAAUUAGAGAGGUCCUGAGGUCUGGGUGGCAGCCCGUCAUCGUAGCCAUGUCCAUCAGCAGUAUCGGAGGCCUUAUUCUGGACAAGACCGUGAGCGACCCGAACUUUGAGGGCAUGGCGGUGUUCACCCCAGUAAUCAACGGUGUGGGAGGUAACUUGGUGGCCAUCCAGGCCAGCCGCAUCUCCACCUACCUCCACUACUGGAGCAUGCCUGGGACCCUGCCCUCCAAGAUGGCACAACACUGGCCUGGCCCCUGCCUGACCUUCUGCUCCUCAGGGGUCAACUCCAAGUCAGCCAGAGUUCUGGUCUUCCUGGUGGUUCCGGGUCACCUGCUCUUCCUCUACACCAUCCACUUACUGAAGGGCGGCCACGGCGCCCUCACGUCUGCCUUCGUCUGCCUAUACCUGUGUGCAGCCCUGCUACAGGUGGUGAUUCUGCUGUACACGGCUGACCUGAUGAUGCGCUGGAUGUGGCGGCGGGGGCUGGACCCGGACAACUACUCUAUCCCGUACCUCACGGCUCUGGGGGACCUGUUGGGCACUGGCUUCCUGGCCCUGACAUUCAGAGCCGUUCUUUUGGGCAUUUCCUCUGGGAUGAAGGGGGUUUGAGAGAAGGGGCUCAUCCAUCAGCCUAUUUCUGUCCAACAUGGUCUUAUUGAAUAUAUUCAAAUAGAGACAUUUAGCGAUAUUAGUUAUAUGUCAGUUAUGCUGACUUAUUAUAUGCUGUUCUGUUCAUCCAUAAGCAACUCUGUUCAGGUCAUAUUUAAGUGAUAAUGCCCGAGAAGCCAAUGUUCAGAGGCUAUAUUGGCAGGGUUGUUGUUAGGCCCGAGACGAAAUGCCAAUAUACACCGGCUUCGGGAACAUUAUCACUUUUAUACAACAGGUUACCAACAUAUUCAUAUAAUGAUUGACAUAUACGAAUUAAAAACGUCAUUUUCAUGAAUUUAUUCAUACCAUUUCAUCCUUCUACAAGAUAUAAUCCCCACACAAAUCUAGGGUUGCUAUCCAAGCCGUUCUAUCGGUUCGAUUGCCAGAGACGCGUUCCAGUCGUUCGUUCUAAAUGUUCCACUGCCAUACUGACUGGCAACGUUCUUAUUCCUUGCUUGCUAGCUAGCCAAUUAGUGCUAACUUACAGUCAAGUCAAAAAGUGACACAAUCACAAACACAGUAACACAAUUACUUCAAACUGAAGCUGGAAAGCCUGAAAACUAGCUGCACUUGGUUUCUUUUGACCUUGUUUCAAUUUACAUUUAUUUGUAUAUAACCAUAAAAAUGAUGCCAGCUGAUUCAUUAUUUCGACUGGCUAAGACACGCUUCCCGUCUUGUCCCGUUCAUUACUAAAUCAAAUCAAAUUUUAUUGGUCAGAUACACAUGGUUAGUAGAUGUUAAUGUGAGUGUAGCGAAAUGCUUGUGCUUCUAGUUCAGACAAUGCAGUAAUAGCCAAUGAGUAAUCUAACCUAACAAUUACAAAACUGCUACCUUAUACACACACAAGUGUAAAGGGAUAAAGAAUAUGUACAUAAAGAUAUAUGAAUGAGUGAUGGUACAGAACGGCAUAGACAAGAUGCAGUAGAUGGUAUCGAGUACAGUAUAUACAUAUGAGAUGAGUAAUGUGGGGUAUGUAAACAAAGUGGCAUAGUUUAAAGUGGCUAGUGAAACAUGUACUACAUAAAGAUGCAGUAGAUGAUAUAGAAUACAGUAUAUACAUGAGUAAUGUAGGGUAUGUAAACAUUAUAUUAAGUAGCAUUGUUUAAAGUGGCUAGUGAUAUUUUUCCAUCAAUUUCCAUUAUUAAAGUGGCUGGAGUUGAGUCAGUGUGUUGGCAGCAGCCACUCAAUGUUAGUGGUGGCUGUUUAACAGUCUUUACGCAUGUAUAUACUGUACUCUAUAUCAUCUACUGCAUCUUUAUGUAAUACAUGUUUCACUCAUUGAGAUUGAAGCUGCUUUUCAGUCUCUCGGUCCCUGCUUUGAUGCACCUGUACUGACCUCGGACUUCUGGAUGAUAGCGGGGUGAACAGGCAAUGGCUCGGGUGGUUGUUGUCCUUGAUGAUCUUUAUCUUCCUGUGACAUCGGGUGGUGUAUGUGUCCUGGAGGGCAGGUAGUUUGUCUCCGGUGAUGCGUUGUACAGACCUCACUACCCUCUGGAGAGCCUUACGGUUGUGGGUGGAGCAGUUGCCAUACCAGGCGGUGAUACAGCCCGACAGGAUGCUCUCGAUUGUGCAUAUGUAGAAGUUUGUGAGUGCUUUUGGUGACAAGCCGGAUUUCUUCAGCCUCCUGAGGUUGAAGAGGCGCUGCUGCGCCUUCUUCACAACGCUGUCUGUGUGGGUGGACAAAUUCAGUUGGUCCGUGAUGUGUACGCCGAGGAACAUAAAACUUACUACCCUCUCCACUACUGUCCCGUCGAUGUGGAUAGGGGGGUGUUCCCUCUGCUGUUUCCUGAAGUCCACAAUCAUCUCCUUUGUUUUGUUGAGGUUAUUUUCCUGACACCACACUCCGAGGGCCCUCACCUCCUCCCUGUAGGCCGUCUCGUCGUUGUUGGUAAUCAAGCCUACCACUGUAGUGUCGUCCGCAAACUUUAUGAUUGAGUUGGAGGCGUGCAUGGCCAUGCAGUCAUGGGUGAACAGGGAGUACAGGAGAGGGCUCAGAACGCACCCUUGUGGGGCCACAGUGUUGAGGAUUAGCGGGGUGGAGAUGUUGUUACCUACCCUCACCACCUGCGGGUGGCCCGUCAGGAAGUCCUGUACCCAGUUGCACAGGGCGGGGUCGAGACCCAGAGUCUCGAGCUUGAUGACGAGUUUGGAGGGUACUAUGGUGUUAAAUGCUGAGCGGUAGUCGAUGAACAGCAUUCUCACAUAGGUAUUCCUCUUGUCCACAUGGGUUAGGGCAGUGUGCAGUGUGGUUGCGAUUGCGUCGUCUGUGGACCUAUUUGGGUGGUAAGCAAAUUGGAGUGGGUCUAGGGUAUCAGUUAGGGUGGAGGUGAUAUGGUCCUUGACUUGACUACACUUCAUGAUGACGGAAGUGAGUGCUAUGUUCAUUACUAUGGGACAGCUGAAGAUCAAAUUUGAAUAUUGAAACAAUGUUGCAAAUGUCGAAGAGACAGACAGGAAGGUUUAUACAAAUCUCCGCUGUUGAAAACAAAAUGUUAGUCUAAAAGAAACAUGAGAAUGUCUAAAUGCUUUUUAUAGUUGAGAUCAAGUUUAUAAAUUGCUUGGCUGGGGUUGAUGAGACAAUGGAUUGCGCAGUCAGAUGGAACAGAGUAAAUAGACAUUUUAACUUUAUAGAUUUAGCCGGUGGUAACUUGUGGAAUAGACACCGGCUGGAAUGCUGUUUUAACCAAUCAGCAUUCAGGAUUAGACCCACCCGUUGUAUAAACAACUGUAUGCAAGUGGCUGGAAUUAAGAAGUGAGGGAGAAAAGAUUCAACAACAUAGCUUACCGACAACCACCAAGCUUGACUUCACAUAGUCUUUAGUCUCCGAUAACGAAUGAAUGCUGCUGGACCUCCCAAGUGUCUAGUGAUCUAAGGCAGUGCAUCACUACAGAUCCUGGUUCAACCCAGGCUGUGUCACAGCCGGCCACGACCGGGAGACCCAUGAGGCAGUACACAAUUGGCCCAGGAUCGUCCGGGUUAGGGGAGGGUUUGGCCGGCCGAGUUGUCCUUGUCCCAUUACGCUCUAGCUCUGGCGCAAUGCAUGCUGACACGGUCUCCAGGUGUUUCCUCCGACACAGUGGUGUGGUUGGCUUCUGGGUUAAGCAAGCAUUGUGUCAAGAAGCAGUGCGGCUUGGCGGGGUCGUGUUUCGGAGGACGCACGGAUCUCGACCUUCACCUCUCCCGAGUCUGUACGGCAGUUGCAGCAAUUGGGAAAAGACGAUGGAGAAAAAUGGGUAAAAAAAAAAGAUGUGUAUUUUUCUUAUGCUGCUAAGGGAGUCCCUGUAUACUGUAGCUCAAUGUGCUUUGAGCACCCAAUAACCAUAUAGAACUGUUGAAGUGCUCUAAUGUCUGUAAAUGCUUGAUAGUAAACUGACAAAUGCCCUGUACUGAAGCAAUAAUGUUGUCUGUACUUGUUUUGUUGACUGUCUAUACAUUUAUACUCAUGCUCAAAAAUGGUCACAACUGCACUCUCUGGAUGUACACAUUAUUAAUCAAUAGAUGACAUAGGAUGUAUCCGGUGUCACAAUUUCAAUGAUCAAGCACUGCUAUUUUCAUUUGUGCCUUCAACCCAUUACUGUACAAGCUAGAGGAGUCAUGUAUUUUUUUAAUGACAUCAGCAAUGUUGCUUAUUAGUCAGUUAGUCUGCCACAUUGAAUUGGUUUAAAAGUUCAUGUUUGUAUCAAUGUAUCUAAUACCACUGCUUGACAUUGUUCACAUUUCCCAAUGAUCAUUUUUUUGAGCAUAAAAUAUGAUUUCUCUUCAAAUAAAUCAUCCCUUUUAAAUAAAUGAAUGCGCACUUUUAAAAACAGGCUUCAAUCGUAUAUUAGCUGUUCUGCAUUGAACAUGACAAUAUGACUUCUAUAAAUGGUAUAGAAUCGUAUUUUAAAUUGUACAGGACCCAUGUUGACUUAGUAUGUAUGCUAAUGACUCAUCUGACUAGAUCAUACCUAGAGCAGGUUAUUUUAGUUACACAAUGACUUUGUUUCAAUGUGUUCCUUUGUUGGAAUAAAACCAUUCACAUACAA